ACGUACGUACAAGCAUACUAAGAGAAGUAAGACCGUUUACAUUCGCGAGUUCGACAUUAAACCGAAAGUCGCGAUCGAUUGCAUAGAAACAGGGAGAAGAAAGAGGGAUUAAACGGAUCACGUCGAGGAAAAGAAAGCGAGAGGAAGAAAACGGCGAAGCAGAUGGUGAUGUUGGAGUGUAGACUCGUUACUCAGUAGUGUGCAUUUGUGCAGUAAGGUGGUCGCGAUUACCAUCUGACGGUCGCAGGCAGUCGCAGGGAUAGGCAGAGGCAAUCACAGUCGCAAGCAGGGCACUGACACUUCUUGUCGGCUCUCGACGGCUCGGGCUCUUGCCGGCUUGCCGGACGAUUUUGGGAACAAGAUCGCUUUUACCUUUAUUUCGUCUUUUUUUAUCUUCGUUUUAUUUUAUUUUUAUGAUUACGAAAGCUUUGUCUUGUGUAGCUUCGAUGUAAAUUGGAGCCAACAGCCAGGGACAGGACGCUAUCACCUUCACCUACUCGGUGCACAGGAACGGGAUGCAAACGCAAAAAACAAAAAGUGAGCGCGCCCACCAUACCAGUGGCACUACCAGUGGUACUUAUUAAUGCGAAGUGCAUGUGCAAGCCGCGAUCUUGUUUCGCGGCGCAUUCUUGAACCUUCUGGCGAUGCUGACGGGGUCACUGCGGCUAAUGCAGCUACAAAGAAUAGGACUGACAUGAUGGUGUACCCGGACCCCCAAUGGACUUGUUCGUCAACGGCUCCCAUGCUUCAACUUUACGAUGAUGUCAGCUAUCGAGUAAAUGUGGUCGAAGCUCUACAAGAGUUCUGGCAAAUGAAACAAGCCAGAGGAGCUGAUCUUCGGAAUGGUGCCCUUGUAAUAUAUGAAUCUGUUCCCUCAAAUGCACAACCCUACGUGUGUUACGUAACUCUACCAGGAGGUUCCUGCUUCGGAAGUUUUCAGAACUGUCCGACGAAAGCCGAGGCACGCCGAAGUGCAGCGAAAAUAGCUUUAAUGAAUUCCGUUUUUAAUGAACAUCCAUCUAGAAGGAUAUCAGAUGAUUUUAUUGAAAAAGCUGUUGCGGAAGCUCAGUCGUCAUUUAAAGGUGAAAGUGAAGAAGCCGAUAACCCAAACACAGGUAUCGGAGCCUUUAGGUUUAUGUUGGAAUCUAACAAAGGCCGAACGAUGCUAGAAUUUCAAGAAUUAAUGACAGUUUUUCAGUUAUUACAUUGGAAUGGGAGCUUAAAAGCCAUGCGGGAGAGGCAGUGUAGUAGACAAGAAGUUGUUGCCCAUUAUUCAAAUAGAGCAUUAGAUGAUGAUAUGAGAUCACAGAUGGCACUAGACUGGAUAGCUAGGGAACAAGAGAGUGCAGGAUCGAUUAGAAAGGAACUGAAUCAAGCAGAGAGAGAGCUUGAAUCUGCUAGAUUAGCUGGACGAGAACUUAGGUUUCCCAAAGAAAAGAAAGACAUUCUGAUCUUGGCGCAUAGUCAGUUGUAAAUACGUUCAUGUUGAAGAGGAACCACAUUCACCAUUAAAAAGGAAGAUAUCGUCUAAUUUUGUGGCUGGUGUUCCUUAAACAUCAAGAUUGAUCUCAAGAAAAGCCCCUGUGACUGUUCUGAAACGGCUCCCUUUGUUUUGAGACGCAUUAUCCCCAUACAGGUAUAGAGGUUGCCGAGAAAUAAUUUACUAAGUAAAAUUGAUUAUCCAUUUCAAAAAUAACAUAAUUAAUAUGAAUGUAAUGUAGGAUCAGUUUCAUUGGUGCUGACGUCACAAAUUAUAAACAUAUUUAAACCUAUAAAUGCAACUAUAUCUUGUUUAAGUUCUUAUUACUGAUCAUUACAAUCAUGUGAGACUAAUGCUGGUUUAAAAUUAACUUCUUACAUAAUUUUAUUAUGAUUUGUAGUAUUUAAUUUUAUUUAAAUUAAAUAUACUAUAUGACGUCAGUAUCAAUAAAAUAAUGUCACAUAAUAUACAGCGAGGAAUAAAAUUUUGGAAUAAAUUAAUGUCUUCAAGAAUAGGUGAAUUGAAAAACAAAUCCCGAAACAAGUCGAUUUUUUUAAAUCAUGAUUUUUUGGCAUAUAGGUCUGGAUCCCGCGUACCAAAAAAAGUAGAUUCAUAGCAAGCUGAAAAUUUGUUAAUAGCUUAACGGUGUCUAGUCGGACAAACCUUGAUGUACGGGAACACUGGAACAAGGCAAAUUUUAAUUGUGGAACAGGUUAAAAAUUUGGAACGUCAGGCUACGAAAAGUCCAAUAUAUUUUGUCGGACAGAACUUCCAAUUGAUUUGUUACCGUUUCAUUAAACUCUCAUGCAAAAAUCAGACUGCUAUUUAUCACCAACAUAAUUCCUGUCAUUUGACAUGUUCUACGUGUCGGACUUAUUAAAAUGCCCAGUUGAUGAUAAAUACCAGUCUGAUUUUUGCAUAAGAGUAUAAUGAAAGGGUAACAAAUCAAUUGGAAGUUCUGUCCGACAAAAUACAUGGGACGUUUUUGUAGUCUGACGUUCCCAAUUUUUAACCUGUUCCACAAUUAAAACUUCCCCUGUUCCAAUUUUCCCAUACAUAAAAGUUUGUCCGACUAGACACCGUUAAGCUAUUAACAAAUUUUCAGCUUGCUAUUAAUCAGAGUCCAAAUUAAAAGAUGUGAUACACCUACUAUAUGAGAAAAAUUUACCACUGGAUAUCAUAAAACUGAUAGAAAACAUAUAUGUAAGAAAUAAAAUAGAAAUGAAAGUCAAUGGAAUAAUAACAGAACCCAUAGAAACAAACACAGGAAUCAGGCAAGGAGAUUCACUAAGUCCUCUACUGUUUAACAUAAUAUUGGAUGCAAUAAUAAAACAAGUGAAGAAAAAAAGAGGGUACAAAAUGGGCAAUAGAGAGAUAAAAAUACUCUGUUACGCUGAUGACACUGUGUUAAUAGCAGAGUGCGAAGACGACCUACAAAGAUUAUUGCACGAGUUCAAAAUUAACGCAAAAGAAAUGAAUAUGAAAAUAUCAGCCCAAAAAACAAAAAGGUUAGUAAUUGCCAAAGAACCAAUAAGAUGCAAAUUGGAAUUAGACAAUCAAAUUAUACAACAAGUAAUGACUUUCAAAUAUCUGGGAAUUAUUCUAUCAGCCGACAACAAUAUCAAAGAAGAGGUAAAAGACCAAAUAAUUAAAGCCAGUAGAACGGCCGGAUGCCUAAACGACACAAUUUGGAAAAACAAACACCUAAGAUUGGAAACAAAGGCCCGAAUAUAUAAGUCAGUUAUUAGGCCAGUUAUGACUUACACGGUCGAAACAAGACCAGAUACAAGCAAAACACGAAGACAUCUGGAAACCAACGAAAUGAAGAUCUUAAGAAGGAUGGUGGAAAAGGACUACAGGAUAGGGUAAGAAGUGAGGAAAUCAGACGCAUGUGUGGGGUAGACAAUAUAAAUACCUGGGUAAAGAACAGAAAAGAAGAGUGGAAUGAGCACAUAAUGAGCACGUAAGAAUAGCCAGGGACAAGUCACCGUUAGGCAGGAGAAGUAUAGGACGCCCAAGGAAAAGAUGGAAUGACAACUUAGGGGCAGACAUAGGCGUAACCAGGGGGGGUUUUGGGGGUUAUAACCCCUCCCAUUGGGAUGUACUUUGAGCUCUAUAUGCUUAACACCAUACCCCUCGGAGACCUUCCAGUAGUUGUAACCCCCCCUUUCCAGUAGUUGUAACCCCUCCUUAGGAUUGUCCUGGUUACGCCUAUGGGGGCAGAAUGAAAGGCACCGUUGAAGAAAAACAGGCAGUACUGCCUAUAUAAAAGAAGAAGAAGAAGAAGAAAAAGAAGAAGAAGAAGAAGAGCUAUUAAUCAACUAUUUUUGAUACGCGAGAUCCAGGCCUAAUACUCAUAUCAACAAUAUGGACCCAAUAUAGAGGUCACAGAUGGAUAAAUAAACACUACUACUACCUCGGUACCAUAAUAAAAUUAAAAAAUUUUGGGUCAUCCUCUAUGCAGAAUUGUAAUAAUGUUUAUAUCACUGAAUAGAUAAUUAAGUAGCCUUUUAAAUGAGCUAGAUGCUCAGAUGCUCAGAUGGAAAACCUCACUAGUAUGAAAUAUAUGCCAAACAAAUGAUAAUUUAAAAAUAAAAAUCGACCUAUUUAGGGAUUUGUCUCCAAAGUUGACUAUUCUCCAUUUGCCAUUUAUUCCAAUUAAUCAAUUGGCUACAAUUAAAAAACCCAAAUUAAAAUACAGAGAUAAUAGAGUGAGAACUAAACCAUCAUGUAUAAAUACAAUAAUAGUCAAAAACAUCAAAAUGGUCCAACAAAAAGGUAGUCAAAAAAUGAAUGCAUCUAAACUUUGAUUCAAAAAUAGGAAAUCCAUUUGACUGUUAUAAAUUAAUGAAGAAAGAAGAGAAAUCAAAACUGUCAUAAAUUAAAUAAAAACAAUCAAUCAAUUAUUAACGUCCCCCAGUCUCCAAAUAAUCAUUUAUUACUCAAUACUGUUUUUUAAUAUGUACCUAUACAUUUAUAAUUAAAAAAUUGACAUGAACGGGUCUCUCCAAUUUUAGUCUAGGCGGUAUCUGCUCUAAAACACCCCCCAUUUGGUUAAAUCGUAUACUAUUUUUGCUUUAAUCGAUUCGAAGUAUUAUUGAAAAUAAUAAUUAAACCACGCGGACACGUCAAAAGGUGGUCUAAAAUUUUUAUUAAACAAUUUGUGAAAAAAAAAUUGGAAACAUUAAAUUUUUUUCUCUAAUUUUGGUUACUAUAUCUCGGCAUCUAUGUAUUUUAGAAAAAUGUUGUGAAUAUAAUAGAGGUUUUGCAAUUUAAUUUUCCUAUCCUAAUUCCGACAGAAUUGAUUGCAAAUUGAAAAAAUAAUUAUUAUUAUUGCAAAAUUAGUAAAAAUGUCUUCAAUAAUUUAUUUUUUAUUCAAUACGAAACGUUAAGAAUGGAAGAAAGAAAAAAAUUCAAACUAAAAGAACUUUCAAAAUUUACACCGAAACUCUUUUUAACAUAAAAAACACAUUUCACACUAAAUCUCAACACAAUUAAUUUUCAAAAUUAUGCAGAGCCAACAAAAAAGUUUAGCAGUUUUUAAAUACUUGAAAUAAACAAAUAGAAUAACUUUUUUUCAAUUGUCAAUUAACAUUUAUUUUCCUUAUAUCGAAGGUUCAGCGCAAGAUGCGUAAUCAAAAAAACUUUAAGGUUGGUCAAGUAGUUUCAAAAUUAUGAUCGAUCAAAGUUGACCGGCAUUUACAACAGUAGUACAAAGGCCGCAUAUGAAAUGCCUCCCGAAAAAGGGUUUCUUACCUGUCGCUACAAUGGUCACAUACGAAUUGCCUCCCAAGCUUUAAAUAAAUUACAUGCUUCUAAUCUUUAUGUGAAGGUGAGACGUUGCCACAUCUUCGUCCCUUUGUAAGUUUUUGGCAAAAUUGGUAUUUUGUUAUUUAAUUUAUUUUAGUUUCAACCUUUAUGUAUUAAACAUUAUUCACACUAGACGGUAUUUAUAAAUUUCAACUAACUUAUACAUAUGCAAUUAGUUUUAUAACCAUUAUAAUAUAUUUUAUAAUAACCAUUAUUUUUGGUUAGUAAUAAUUUAACAAAAAAUACAAAAACAUAAUAAGUAUUUUAUAGAUUUAUUAAAAAUAACAUCACAAAAAACUUAUUUGGAAAAUAUUACAAAAUGUGUAUAAAAAUAUAAAAUUACAAAAUAGUUUUCCUAAAUUUAUAUGAUACUACUUUGACAAAUUAUAAUCUAAUUUAUUUUACAUUCUCUUAAUUCUAAAAUUUUUUCAUUUAGAAAAUUUAUUUUUGCUGUACUUUCCGCAACAAUUUAAUGUAGGUAUUUAUUUGAAAUUGUAAAAUUAUAUCAAUAAAAUUAUUAAUGUUAGAAUGAGGGCAGUAGAAAGAAGAAUCAUACUUUGAAUGAAAACUUUCGCAUGGGUUUGUGGUUCUUUGUAAGGAUGAAGAGUGUUCAGCCCAAACUUCAUCCCUUUUUCACAUCCCUGUGUUUUCACAAAUGCUUUGCAGGUUUUUUUAGUACAUGUCCACCGUUUUACUGUAUCUUUGGCCAACAUUUUUUGAAAACCGAAUGUAAAACCAUCAAUUGAUAGUAAAGGUUUGCCCUUUUGACCAGGCGCGGAUCCAAGGGAGGGUCAAUGGGGUCAAUUGCCCCCUCCUUGAGACUUCGCCUGGUGUCGCCUUUUUUUAAGAAAGAGAUAAUUACGAUUGAAAAUAAAUAGUGAGUUUUAAGUCCUGUUGACAAACUGAAUAACGGAAUGAAACAUAAAACAGAAUUCCUUCUCCAAAGUACGUGUUCUCGGUCUUACUGUAUGGUGCCGAGUCUUGGACUGUGAAUAAAAUCGAUCUACUUGAUAAAUCGCCUCGAGGCUUUCGAAAUAUGGUUCUAUAAAAGAACUUUAAAAGUAUCUUGGGUGAAGAAGAUUCGAAACUCCACAAUACUAGAACGUCUCAGCAAGACUACUGAGAUUAUAGAAGACAUCAAGAAGAGAAAAGUGGAGUAUUUUGGACAUGUAAUGAGAAGUUUCCAAUAUAGGCUGCUACAAAAUGUUAUGCAAGUGAAAAUAGAAGGCAAACGCAGUCCAGGACGAAAAAGCACUUUCUUGGUUGAUUUAGGGUGGCAGUGAAUAAAAUUUAGAUAGCUAUGAUAGUAACCAACGUUCUAGAAGGACAUGGUAUAUGAAGAAAAAUAAAGUAACAGCCCAUACCGAAAAAGAAUCCUGAGUACGCGAGUGACGAGAAAAUUUUUAUUUCAUUGCCCCUUGCAAGGUCGCUGGAUCCGCCGUUGCUUUUGACUGACUCUUAUCGUUGAUUCCAUUAUUUCGGAUGUUAUGACAAACACAAUUUGAUCUUGAAAUCGACGAACUGACAAGCUUGAAAUAGACAAACUGACUGAUGCAGGAACUAAUAAACUUUCAAGAAUUUAUACAACAUAGCCCAUUAGCACAAUUUACAAAAGAGAAUAUAAACAAACAAAAAGAUUAAGGUAAAAGUACCUAUUCAUGGAAUCGUUAAGAAGAGAUUAGAAUCGGAAUUGGAAUUGCCCAGAGAAUAUAAACAAACAAAAAGAUUAAGGUAAAAGUACCUAUUUAUGGAAUUAUAAAAUGGACUUAUAAAAUGGACUAUAAAAAAUUUGGAAGAGAUUAUAAUCGGAAUUGGAAUUUCCCAGAAAAGCUGGUUAUUAGAUCGUUGGGUGUGGUUUGUUCAACAGUAAAUGGUUGAGUUCAAUUAGUGCGGUCGUAAAUAUUAUUAAAUUUAUCUGACCUGUCCCAUGGUUAAGACCCAUCCGGAGCGAUAAGCCACCGAGGUAGACAGAGUUGGUCUUUUGCAAUUAACACUUACUAGACGGUACUCCCAUAAGAAAGCCUGAAAUAAAUUUUACCUGAAACCGGGCCUUUUAUACUAUUAUCGGUUAAUCCAGGAUGUUUAUAGUGGUAACUAAUUGAACUAAACCAUUUACUGUUAAACAUACCAUAAAAACUUUCUUUUCUAAAAAGAAAUAUGUCGUACUGUGAAAUAUUUACGUGAAACAAAUUUUAUGUACACUGCAUUAAGAAUUAGAAAAAUCAAAAUAGAUAGAUACUACCUAUUUAAAUUAUGAUUUGGCAACGUUGUGUCAUUAUACAGAGAUUAAGUAGACAAAAUAUCAGCGUAAAUGAUUAAAGAAACGGAGGAAUUUCGAUUGUACCUGGGAGGCAUUUCAUGUAUGAAAAUAUUUACCUGAAAAAGUGGGAGGCAUUUCGAUAACGCCGAGUACAAAAGUUUGAAGUCUGCUUUUUUUAUCAAAUACUUUUGUUGUGCCAAGUACUUUGUAGAUAUAAAUUUUCACCUUUUUUCUUUUGUGCAACCUGGUUAAAACGUUGACUCAAAUCUUUAGAAAUACAGAAAAAUAGUAAAGAGUUUCGAGGGUUUUCGGCACUAAAUUGAUAAAAACAGAUUACUCGGGGGGCGGGGAUAUUGGGGUUGCUGAAUAAUAAUACGCUAUCAGAACCGACGCCCCGUGCACUAGGUGCCCAAAAACCUUCCAAAUUCCAGAAGAUGACAUGCCUUAACAGUGAUGUUGUCACCAGAUGGUCCGGGGUCAGUUCUGAUGGCGUAUUCGUAUUCAGCUACCCCAAAAACCGCCUAUACUAAAUUUACAAUCAAGAUGCAGUAGAAAUAAACAAACCAAGAUACGUUAAAUGCUACUAAGAGCAGUCCCAAAUCAUAAUUUACAAUGUAUAUACAUUGUAAAUCCCAAAACAUGAUUUCCAAAGUUUAUACAUUGUAAAUUAUGAUUCGGGAGUGCUCCUAGUAGCAUUUAACGUGUCUUGUUUUGUUUAUUUUUACUGCAUCUUGAUUAUAAAUUUAGUAUAGUUAUCUAUUUACUUGCAUUCAGUUCCGAAAACCUUCGAAACUCCAGAAGUGACGUCCUCAGCAGUGAUCGUGGGCACCAGGUGCUCCGGGAGUCGGUUCUGAUGUCGUAUUCGUGUUCAGCAACCCCAAAAAUCCCCACUAUAAUCUGUUUGCAUCAAUUUAAUGCCGAAAACCCUCGAGACUCUAGAAUAUGAGGUGCCUUAGCAGUGACACUGGGUACCAGGUGUUCCGGGGGUAGAUUCUGAUGGCGUAUUCGUGUUCAGCGACUCCAAAAAUCUCCAAAUAAUCUAAUUGCAUUAAUUUAGUGCCGAUAACCCUCAAAUUUCCAAACGACGUGCCUUAGCAGUGACCCUGGACACCAGGUGCCCCGUUGGUCGGUUCUGAUGGCGUAGUCGUGUUCUUUCUCUUCAAUCCUGAGCCCCCGGAGGGAGUGUAGUAGUCGAGGUGAUGUUGUGUAUUGUCCGUCUCCAAAGAUCUCUCUCUGGUUAUUUCUUUUAACUCAUGCAUAGGUCUUUUGCAUAUUUCUCUUCCUUGCAUAUUCCCUUGCCAGAUCUUCCUCGUGAUCUUCGGCCUUCCACCUUCCCUUAUAUAAUAAGUAUUUUCAUGUUUUCUGUGUUUGCUCUCAUAACAUGUCCAAAGUAUUUUUAAUUGUUGGAGAUGGACUUUACUGGAGAGUCGUUGACUAACUUUUAGCUCUCUUAAAAUUGAAUUAUUUGUCCUAUGAUCGGUCCAAGGAAUUCGUAGCAUUCGUCUUCAACAGAACAUUUCAGUGGCGUCUAUCUUUCUUCUUUCUUAUUUUCUCAUGGUCUAAGAUUUUCAUCCGUAGGUCAGUAUUGGGAAUAUUAAGCAAUUGAUUAACCUCAUGUUUAACUACCUUGAAAUUUGAGUCCUUCCAUAUUGUGUUCAUUUUUGCUGUGGCAACUUUUGCUAGAUCACAUCUACGUUUUAUUUCUUCCUGUAGUGACCCUGUGUUUGUGAUUAAUGAUCCCAGAUAUAAGUAUGAGCUCACAGCCUCAAACCGGUCAAUUGUGGUUAUGUGUGGAUGAUUGUUAUGUAGUCUAUCCACUAUCAUGAUCUUUGUCUUUGACAUGUUUAAUUGUAGACCAAAUAUUUGACUUUCGUUUUCAACCAGUCGUAUAAGUCAAUCAGCUCUGCUUGGCUAUUUGCAAGAAGGGAUGUGUCGUCUGCGAAACGUAGGUUGUUUAUUUAUAUGACCAUUUAUUGAGAUACCUUUUUCCCAUCCUUCAAGUUCUCUUCCCAUAGUAUGCUCCCCAUAUAUAUUGAAUAAUUGUGGAGAUAGUAUACAUCCCUGUCUGACACCCUCAAGUCGUGUUCAGCGACACCAAAAACCCCGUAUUUUAACAUUGUUAUGUAUUUUUAAAUUUAUUUCAUGCACUUUAAAAUGCAAUUAUGCAUUUUCACACAUUUUUCCAUAGUAAAUUUUUUUCCUGACAUCAUCCUGGACACAAUGCAAAAAGUUUCAAGUCUCUAGGUGCUGUAUUUAAAAAUCGAUUUAUUUUGUGCUAAAUGCCUGGGUCUAUGACCUUUUGAAGUAUCCGCAUAGUGAACUCGUCAUUUCCAAUAAUCCAUAAAGAUAAAUUUCCUCUAACUGGCUGUAUACCAUUAAUUACAAAAAUUUAAGAAAAUCUUCCGUGUAAAAGGUAUAUUUAUUUUAAUGUAGCCCUUUAUUGGGGUUUUAUAUAAAUAUACCUUUUACACAGACGAUUUUCUUCAAUUUCCAAUAAUAUUUUGAAGCGAUUGAAGCCAAAAAAAUAGCAUAUACGGUUUGGAAAUCCCUUAACAGAUACCGCCAGCUCUAUAAUAUAUACUAAUUUAAUUUUGUAAAUACUUGUAGAUUCAAAACAGCAAAUUAAAUUAUAAAUUAAUUCGAUGUAAUGUAACCAACACUUUUUCUGGUAGACCACAUCUGUAUAAUAUGUUACUUUUAUUAGUGAAAUAAGUGUUUUCGCAUUUUAGCCUGUGAUAAAUGUAUUAGAUAGGUGUAAUAGCAUUAAAAAUGUGGAAUAAGGGUUGUUACUCAAAUAAUUUUUAACUGCUUUAAAAAACAAAAAUGUAAUGAUUAUGUUUUGUUAUCUAUGUAAUGUAAGCUAAUGCUAUUUUUAUUAUAGUUUUUAAUAUCGACUGAUUACAUAUCGCUAUUUGCUGGUAUAAUGCUAAAUAAAAAUGUUUAAACAUUUAAUCAAAUAAAUUUUAUAAAUAAAUA